AUGGCACUCACCUACACACACCUACAGACACACACAGCCCCAGCCCCCUCCCUACAGACACACACAGCCCCAGCCCCCUCCCUACAGACACACACAGCCCCAGCCCCCUCCCUACAGACACACACAGCCCCAGCCCCAGCCCCCUCCCUACAGACACACACAGCCCCAGCCCCAGCCCCAGCCCCCCUCCCUACAGACACACACAGCCCCAGCCCCAGCCCCCUCCCUACAGACACACACAGCCCCAGCCCCCCUCCCUACAGACACACACAGCCCCAGCCCCAGCCCCCUCCCUACAGACACACACAGCCCCAGCCCCAGCCCCAGCCCCCCUCCCUACAGACACACACAGCCCCAGCCCAGCCCCAGCCCCCUCCCUACAGACACACACAGCCCCCUCUCCCAGUGAAAGUGAGACCCCAUGUUGUCCUGUGACGGAGGAAAACAAUGACACUAUGAGACAUGGGUGGCUCUGCUCUGCUCUAAGUACGGUCCACAGGCUGACAGGCGUUGUCUGGCUCUGGGUUUAAUAUUUAACAUAUGCCACAUUCUUACACUCUAUCCAUAAUUCAGAAAGAUACAUGUUUCACCAGAUCACCGAUUUUGACUGAAAAGAGAAGGGGUUGUCGUAGAUAUUCAUACUGUUCAGUGAGGCUGCUAUUGUUAGUGUGUUUGGUCUGUCUAGUCUCGAGACAGGACCUUAAUAGUCAGGACACAAUGUCCUCUGGGGUGCAUCAGCCUCCUCCUUAUUGGUACAAGUUGACUUCACAGUAACAAACAUCACAUUAACAUCACAUUAAAGAGGAGAGGAGAGGAGAGGUUGUAUCAAAUUAACUGAGAGAGAGAGGUGAAGGGAGCUGAGGUCAGGGUGGCAGGAAGGAAGACACACACACACAAUGAUUCAACGUUAUGCAAAAGAGAAAACUAUCAUCUCUGAACCUUAUUCACUGUGCUUCACAACUUCCCAUUGACUAUGAUAUCCUGCCUGGCGGACUACCACAGACUGGGCUAGCUAGCGUACCGGAGGCUCUAUUCUGUGCUGUUGUGGGGAAGCCACCAGCCAAGCCAUAAGGUGUAAAUAAUCAUCUUGAUUACAGGAGAUUGGGAGCCAAUUUGUCUCCAUGCAGUUUAUAUUGGUGUAGAGAGUUUAAUGGCUGUUCCUAAAGCUGUAUACAUUAGACAGUAUAUUAUAGCAAUAGGAGGCUUAUGUGGCUAUUCCAUUGUUCUUGAACAGAGCUGCCAGUUUGUUAGCAUGUGAAUUUGAAAGGUGUAGCCGAGCUAUAGACUCUCUCGCUCUCUCUCCCCCGUUGGUGAGCUCCAGUGUGUGAAUUAUGAGCCUUCCUACUGUACUAUCCCUGUAACACUCAAAGGUCCUUUCAAUAUUUCUUCACGCUGAUCUUAUUAAACACCAAAGAAUUCAGCCACUUGCUUUUUUUUGGCCCACGCAAAGUUUCUUCUUAAUCACGCCAAGGCUAAUGUUUUUCAUUUAUUAUUCAUUUAGAAAUGUCCUCUCAGAUUGGGUGUGUGUGGGCUGUCUUUUGUUUGUUUCGUGGUCGGUGGUGUUUUUCUUUUCUGUAGCGGAGAAAUGAGAGGCGAUGCCCCGUGCGUGAGCCAGAGAGGGGGAAGAAGAGAGGGAUGGGGAGAAGAGAGGGAUGGGGAGAAGAGAGGGAGAGAGACCGCAGUAUGAAAACAUUGUCUUUGAGGGGACUUAUGACAGCGUUAGCAGGGAGAGAGCGACUAGGCCUGUAAAAACAAUCAGGGAAAGACGAUGGAGAUCGUCCCUCGCUUUCAAACACGUCUUAUGCUUUUUCUUGCCUUUGUCACAUUUCUUAUUUCUUGGUCCUCCCUCUUGCUCCCAAAGUUUGGUGAUUUUUAGGCUGUAAAAAAAAAUUAGGCUGUAAAAAAAAAAGGUCAGAGAUGUCUGUGGUCUAAAUAAAAUACAACCUCUUAGCCCCGAGUCAACUGUGGUGGGUGUCUUAUGUAAUUCUCUCUCUCUCUCUCUCUCUCUCUCUCCCCCCCCCCCCACCUCUCUCAGACGUAGGUCACACACAUUGACAUAGGUUGUUUUUUACAAUGUCUUUGCAUAUCCAUUGUUCUAGUAUUACCUUUAAUCUUAAGAAUAUCCUUGCCGUUAGAUUAGCUACUGUAGGUCUUUCCAUAAUAUCCUUGCCGUUAGAUUAAUUACUGUAGAUCUUUCCAGAAUAUCCUUGCCAAUAGAUUAGCUACUGUAGAUCUUUCCAGAAUAUCCUUGCCAAUAGAUUAGCUACUGUAGAUCUUUCCAGAAUAUCCUUGACAAUAGAUUAGCUACUGUAGAUCUUUCCAGAAUAUCCUUGACAAUAGAUUAGCUACUGUAGAUCUUUCCAGAAUAUCCUUGACAAUAGAUAAGGUACUGUAGAUCUUUCCAGAAUAUCCUUCCCAUUAGAUUAGCUACUGUAGAUCUUUCCAGAAUAUCAUUUCCAUUAGAUUAGCUAACCUAAUCUAACGGCAAGGAUUAGGGGACCUAAUCUUUUACUUGUUUAGCCCAAGAUGUUUAGAUCUGGAAUCUCUAGAGAGAGAGAGAGCGAGAUAGAGGAUAGAGCUCGAUCGCCUAGAAGAUCUCAGACGUCUAUAUCUCUAUCUCUAUAUAUAUAUAUCAUCUCUUCUCUUCUAUCUUCUAUCUCUAUCUCUCGCUCUCUAUCUCUCUCCUCUCUCUCUCUCUCUCUCCUCUCUCUCCCUCUGCAUGGGAAACGUAUGUUAACAUUGCCAAAGCAAGUGAAGUAGAUAUUAAACAAAAGUGAAAUAAACAAUACAAAUUAACAGUAAACAUUACACUCAGAAUUUCCAAAAGAAUAAAGACAUUUCAAAUGUAAUCUUAUGUAUAUAUACAGUGUUGUAACAAUGUGCAAAUAGUUAAAGUACAAAUGGGAAAAUAAAUAAACGUAAAUAUGGGUUGUAUUUACAAUGGUGUUUGUUCUUCACUGGUUGUCCUUUUCUUGUGGCAACAGGUCACAAAUCUUGCUGCUGUGAUGGCACAUUGUGGUAUUUCACCCAGUAGAUAAGGGAGUUUAUCAAAAUUGGGUUUGUUUUCGAAUUCUUUGUGGAUCUGUGUAAUCUGAGGGAAAUAUAUAUCUCUAAUAUGGUCAUACAUUUGGCAGGAGAUUAGGAAGGGCAGCUCUGUUUCCACCUCAUUUUGUGGGCAGUGUGCACAUAGCCUGUCUUCUCUUGAGAGCCAGGUCUGCCUCUGGCAGCCUUUUUCAAUAGCAAGGCUAUGCUCACUGAGUCUGUACAUAGUCAAAGCUUUCCUUAAGUUUGGGUCUGUCACAGUGGUCAGGUAUUCUGCCACUCUGUACUCUCUUUUUAGGGCCAACUAGCAUUCUAGUUUGCUCUGUUCUUUUGUUAAUUCUUUCCCAUGUGUCAAGUAAUUAUCUUUUUGUUUUCUCAUGAUUUGUUUGGGUCUAAUUGUGUUGUUGUCCUGGGGCUCUGUGGGGUCUGUUUGUGUUUGUGAACAGAGCCCCAGGACCAGCUUGCUUAGGGGACUCUUCUCCAAGUUAAUCUCUCUGUAGGUGAUGGCUUUGUUAUGGAAGGUUUGGUAAUCGCUUCCUUUUAAGUGGUUAUAGAAUUUAACGUCUCUUUUCUGGAUAUUGAUAAUUAGCGGGUAUCGGCCUAAUUCUGCUCUGCAUGCAUUAUUUGGUGUUUUACGUUGUACACAGAGGAUAUUUUUGCAGAAUUCUGGAUGCAGAGCCUCAAUUUGGUGUUUGUCCCAUUUUGUGAAUUCUUGUUGGUGAGCGGACCCCAGACCUCACAACCAUAAAAGGUAAUGGGUUCUAUAACUGAUUCAAGUAUUUUUAGCCAGGUCGUAAUUGGUAUGUCAAAUUUUAUUUUCCUUUUGAUGGUGUAGAAGGCCCUUCUUGCCUUGUCUCUCAGAUCGUUCACAGCUUUGUGGAAGUUACCUGUGGUGCUGAUGUUUAGGCCGAGUUAUGUAUAGUUAUAUAUGGUUUAUCCGCCUCUGUGACCGCCGAUAACUUCAGAACAAAGUUGCCAAUGUAUUUGCAGUUCAUACAAGCAAGCGACUUGUAAAAAGAUGAUUCAAAUUAAAACCCAGAUGUCUGCAUUAAAAUAUAUAUACAGUAGGCUACAUGCCUAUGUCAAUCAUAUUGAAAUACAUUUCAUGUUCAAUCAAUUGAGUUCUAUUUUGCUACUUGUAGGCUAAUGUCUGUAAUUUGUCUCAAUAUACACUGAGUGUACAAAACAUUGCUCUUUUCAUGACAUAGACUGACCAGGUGAAUCCAGCUGAAAGCUAUAAUCCCUUAUUGAUGUCACUUGUUAAAUCCACUUUAAUCAGUGUAGAUAAACGGGAGGAGACAGGUUAAAGGAUUUUUAAGCCUUGAGACAAUUGAGACAUGGAUUGAUAAUGUGUGCCAUUCAGAGGGUGAAUGGGCAAGAAACAAGAUUUAAGUGCCUUUGAACGGGGUAUGGUCGUAGGCGUACCGGUUUGUGUCAAGAACUGCAACGCUGCUGGGUUUUUCACGCUCAACAGUUUGCUGUGUGUAUCAAGAAUGGUGCACCACCCAAAGGAAUCCAGUGAACUUGACACAACUAUGGGCCAGCAUCCCUGUGGAACGCUUUCAACACCUUGUAGAGUCCAUGCCCUGACAAAUUGAGGCUAUUCUGAGGGCAUAAGGGGGGGUGCAACUACGUUUUAGGAAGAUGUUCCUAAUGUUUGGUAUUGUGAUGAGGUGAUGUUGAAGGAGUCAGGCGCAGGAGGGUAAAUCACAGAAUAACAGGCUUUAUUCCGCAACCACAGAGUUACGCAGGAACGUGUCAAAACACUCCAGUGCACAAAACAGGCGCACUGAAAAAUACAAGGCACACGGGAAAAUAUCCCGGCGAUAAAAAAUACAAGGAGCUCCACCGAGCUUCACACCUCUCCACAAUAAACAAUCACACACAAAGACAAGGGGGCAGAGGGAACACUCAUACAGGUACUGGUGAGGGGAUAUGAACCAGGUGUGUGUAAUAAACAAGACAAAACAAAUGGAAUGAUGAGAUGAGGAGUGGCUAGAAGGCCAGUGACCCCCCCCCCCCCCCCCCCCCCCCCGACGAGCAGCUCCAGCAGCGCGCCGACACCGGCCUCGGGGACGGCCAGGGCGAGCCGGAUAGGCGACGGUGGAAAUCCCGCAACAGGGAGGGAUCGAGGAUAUCCCUCACCGGGACCCAGUACCGCUCCUCCGGAACGUACCCCUCCCAAUCCACGUUGUACUGAAGGCCCCCCACCCGAAUCUGGAGGGACUAGUAACCUAUAGGUAACCUAGUUUAUUCUCCUCAGGACUUUAAAAGGCCCCACAAACCGUGGGCUCAGCUUCCGGCAGGGCAGGCGGAGUGGCAGAUUCCGGGUCGAGAGCCAGACCCGGGUACAAAGACCGGGGCCUCACUGCGGUGGCGGUCAGCGUUGGCCUUCUGGCGACACACGGCGCGUUGGAGGUGGAUGUGAGCAGCGUUCUACGUCUCCUCCGCGCGCCGAAACCAGUCAUCCACCGCAGGAGCCUCGGUCUGGCUCUGAUGCCAUGGUGCCAGAACCUAAACACAUUGAAAUGGUGAUAGGUUAGUGGAGGAGUGGCGGAGAGAGUUCUGGGCAUAUUCGGCCCAUGGCAAGAACACCGACCACUCCCCCGGCCGGUCCUGGCAGUAGGACCACAGGAACCUACCCACAUCCUGAUUCACCCGUUCCACCUGCCCAUUAGACUCGGGGUGAAAACCAGAGGUCAGGCUGACUGAGACCCCCAGACGUUCCAUGAACGCCUUCCAGACCCUGGAUGUGAACUGGGGACCCCGGUCAGACACUAUGUCCUCUGGCACCCCGUAGUGCCGGAAGACGUGUGUAAACAAGGCCUCCGAACGGUAGUGAUGGAUCGGGAUGGGCCAGUACCGUGGUUGAGGUGAACAGGACCCUCAGGUUACUGAAGGCCCUGUCAGCCUCAGCAGACCAGCGGAGCCGGGAUGGCCCACCCUUUAACAGUGAUGUGAUGGGAGCUGCGACCUUGCCAAAGCCCCGGAUAAACCUCCGAUAGUAGUUGCAAAGCCAAUAAAGCGCUGCAACUCCUUAACCGUGGUUGGAGUAGACCAAUUACGCACGGCUGAAACAGAGGCUUCUGUCUCUCUGUCUGUGCCCCGCUAGGCCCUUACCCUCUGCAAUCUCCCUCCAUCUCCACAAAUGAGGUGGUAAUGCGGUGUCAGAAAAAAAACAGACACUUUUCUGCCUUGGUGUUACGUUCCCCAGUUUCUGUGUUGUGGUUUGUGUAUUUUCAUGUAUGUAUUUCAGGAAAUGGGUUCCUGAAAUUGUGGUGCGUUGAGAUAGGACAGCGCCUAUCCCUACCUCGGACGCAUCCACCUCCACUACGAAUCAAUCAACAAGCAGCUGAUUGAUUGGAUGAACAUUGAUGAUUGGAGAGCUGACCCCGCGCCCUCGUCAGGACGCCCUCGUCAGGACGCAUCUGUCUCCUUACCAACUCCUUCUGAAGCUAUAUAAGCCUCUGUUGCUCAGAAGGGGGGGGGGGACCAGAAUGGCUGAGAGUUAUAGCAUGUUGGUUGUUGCUAAAACAUUUGGUAUGUACUGUGUAGUUGUUGCUGUGAGAACCAAUUGUAAUGUUUUGUGUUAGUUUGUUGCUCAGAGAGUUUCUUUAAUGUCCUUAGUUAGUUUUUUUUUCUCAGGUUUUGUUGUGAACCAGUUUGUGCUAUUUUUGUUUCAUUUGUUCCCAAGGGGGGAAGGGGAAGGCACCUAGGGAGUGCUUAGGCAAGAGGCCCGCGGGCAUACAUUGCCCGUAGAAGUUGACUGUCUAUGCACACUAGGAAAGACCUGGGCGGACCAUCCCUUGUAUUUUGGUUAGUGCACCAGGUGGUGCUAGUUAAGUAAGUAGUGGGUAGGCAGGUAAGGUAGGAGAGGGGGCUUUGAUAUUUACUUUCUUUGCUUUGGUUCCGUCCAGCCCCUUUUCCCCAAACUUACCGUGCAAAGGAAUAAAUUCCCUGUUAACGGUUUUCUCUGCCUUUUGUCAUCCUUACUCACACCUACAGUCCCAUACCUCUUUCACAGCACGGAGAGUUGAGUUGUAGCAGGGUAUUGCGUUCCCUCUUCCGAGAGGAGUGCGUAACACUUGGCAUAAAGGUCAUGUUCAACAGUCGGGCCAGCACUUUGCGAACCAGGGACACAUGCUCGGCGCGCGUAGCGGAAUACACCAGAAUGUCAUCAAUGUAGACCACUACACCGCGACCAAGCAUGUCCCAAAACACCUCGUUCACAAAGGACUGGAAGACGGAUGGAGCAUUCAUCAAACUGUAAGGCAUCCCCAGGUAUUCGUAAUGCCCCGUGGUUGUGUUGAAUGCUGUCUUCCACUCAUCCCCCUCUCGGACACGCACCAGGUUGUACGCACUCCGGAGAUCUAAUUUUGUGAAGAAGCACGCCCCAUGCAUUGACCCAAUCACAGAUGGAAUGAGGGGUAGAGGAUAACUAUAACGUAUAGUCCCCUUAUUCAGUGCUCGGUAAUCAAUGCAAGGGCGCAGACCUCCGUCUUUCUUCUUCACAAAAAAUGAACUUGAGGAGGCGGGCGAAGUGGAGGGACGUAGGAAAUCCUGGCGCAGGGACUCGGAGACGUAUGUCUCCAUAGCCUCCGUUUCAGCCUGCGACAGGACUCCUGGGAGGCACAGCGUCUACCUGGAGGUUUAUCGCGCAAUCCCCCUCCCGAUAAGGUGGUAAUUUGGUCGCCUGCGUUUUGGAAAAUGCGUGCGCCAAAUCGAGGUAUUCAGGGGGAAUGCGCACGGUGGAGGUAGUGUCUGGACUUUCCACCAUGGUUGCACCAACGGAAACAGCUAGACACCUACCCUGACACUCUCGUGAUCACCCUGUGAGAACCCUCUGCGGCCAUGAAAAGGUGGGGUUGUGUAGUGCUAACCAGGGAAGACCUAACACUACAGGGUAAUCAGGAGAUUCAAUAAUACAAAAAGUGACUUGCUGUCGAUGCGUCUCGUGUGUAACCAUAUUGACUGGUGCUGUAACCUCCCUAACGAACCCGGACCCUAAUGGUUGACUGUCAAGUGCUCUGAUGGGGAGUGGAAUGGAUAGGGGAACCAAUGAAAUGCCUAGACUAUUUGCAAAUGACCUGUCAAUAAAGUUCCCAGCUGCGCCUGAAUCGGCCAGCGCCUUACACUGGGGAACUACCGUGUAAUCAGGAAAGUGGAUGGGUAGGGUACAGUGCGCAGCAGAGGGCUCUGAGCGAAUGUGGGUGUUCGAUACCUGGGGUGACGCGAGAGUGCCCUGCCUGCCGCCUCCAGACCCAAAAGAAUGCAGACAACAGCGUGCAGCAGAAUGUCCUCCCGUGCCACAAGAUUGACACUGGCGCUGUCGUCCUCCGCUCUCCCGGAACGCCGCUUCACCCAGCUCCAUCAUCUCAUGAUCCGGGUUGGGGGGGGAUAGAAUGGACAGGCCCCUUCCAGGACGUCCUCUAGAAUCCAGCAGAUUGUCCAACCGGAUGGCCAUGUCCACCAGUUGAUCGAAGGACAACGUGGUGUCCCAUCAGGCUAGCUCCCUUUUGGACAUCCUCUCGUAGCUGGCACCUGAAGUGGUCGAUGAGGGCCCGCUCGUUCCACCCGGACCCAGCCGCUAGAGUCCGAAACUCCAGGGCGAAGUCCUGCGCGGUCCUCGUCCCCUGUCUCAGGUGGACCAGCCGCUCGCCCGCCCUCUACCUUCGUAGUUCUCCAACACGGCUCCUUCUUCACUCCAAACCGCGUUGGCCCACUCCAGGGCGUUUCCCCGAGAGACAGGAGACAAGGGUGGACACCUUCUACCGCUCCGAUGGAGCCGGGCUGAUGGUUGUAAAGUAGAGGUCCAGCUGCAGGAGGAAUCCCUGGCAGCGGGCAGCUGUCCUAUCAUACUCCCUUGGUCGCUCAACUGGUCUUGGAGGAUUGGGUUCUCUCCUCUCCAGGCAUUGGACGACCUGGAGAACCCGAUCCAUCGCUUCUCCCAAGCUGGCUAGCAUAUCAGAAUGCUCCCGGACCCGUGCCACGACUCCAGGCAGGUGCUCCUCUCCUGCUAACUCCGGGUGUGUGAUUCUGUGAUGAGGUGAUGUUGAAGGAGUCAGGCGCAGGAGGGUAAAUCACAGAAUAACAGGCUUUAUUCCGUUUCCACGCAGGAACGCGUCAAAACACUCCAGUGCGCAAAACAGGCACACUGGAAAAUACAAGUCACACAGGAAAAUAUCCCGGUGAUACAAAAUACAAGGAGCUCCACCGAGCUUCACUACUCUCCACAAUAAACAAUCACACACAAAGACAAUGGGACAGAGGGAACACUUAUACAGGUACUGAUGAGGGGAUAUGAACCAGGUGUGUGUAAUAAACAAGACAAAACAAAUGGAAUGGAAUGAUGAGCGGCAGUGGCUAGAAGGCCGGUGACGACGACCGCCGAAGCCUGCCCGAACAAGGAGAAGAGGCAGCUUCUGAGGAAGUCGUAUACUCAGUGUAUUUCAUGAUGUGUAGCCUAACGUGCGCAAUGAUGUGCCAAAUCUUGAUUUAGCGCAUUAUUAUAGGGUAAGCAUUAGAAUAAGCCACCUCAAUAUUUGCAGCCAUUUACAUUUACAACAGAGCCUGGAUUCGAACCAGGAUCUCUAGUGGCACAGCUAGCACUGCGAUGCAGUGCCUUAGACCACUGUGCCACUCGGGAGGGCCAAGUGAUAUCUUUCUUGGAGCUGAUCCAUCAUCAGUACUGUGGAAUAAUGAUAAUGUUAAGGUAAGAUUUGAAUGGAGAAAGCUUUCUUUCGAUCAUAUCAGUAUCGACACAUGCCUCAAUGACGCACUUAGCAAACGUUCUCUCUGCGUGGGGUUUUGGGAAACGCAUGUUACAUCUUCGGACGUUGUAGGAAAGAUGCAUCGUUAAAACCCUCCUAAGCCUAAAUUCAAUCGCUAUCGGGACAUUUCUCCCCCCCCCCCCCCCAAUAAAAAAUAAAAAAUGUACAGUAAAUAUUACACUCACAGAAGUUCCAAAAUAAUAGAGACAUUUAAAAUGUCAUAUUAUGUCUAUAUACAGUGUUGUAACAAUGUGCAAGUAGUUAAAGUACAAAAGGGAAAAUAAAUAAACAUAAAUAUGGGUUGUAUUUCACAAUGGUGUUUGUUCUUCACUGGUUGCCCUUUUCUUGUGGCAACAGGUCACAAAUCUCUCUCUCUAUCCCCCUCCCUCUCUCUCUGUGGUUUCAGCAUGACUGUUUGUUGAUAAUGCAGAUAAGCUGUCAGGCUCCUCAAAAACAAGCCUGGGGAUUCAGGGAUAGGAUAGGAUAGUCAGUGGUGGAAAAAGUACUACAUUUCUUUAGGAAUGUAGUGGAGUAAGUUGUCAAAAAUAUAAAUGGUAAAGUAAAAUACAGAUACCCCCAAAAAGUACUUAAGUAUUACUUUAAAACAUUUUUACUUAGUUACUUUACACAACUGAGGAUAGGUGGCCAUCUGUUCUGUCUGUGAGGGAGGGAUAUUUUAUAUGUGUGUACCUGUGUGAGGGAUAACUUUGUGAUUGUAUUUCCUAUAUAAUAUUAAUACAUUUGUUUUUGAAUGCUCUUUUUGUGUGUUUAAAAAAAAACGGUAAUUGUGUAUCUAUUGCACAUUUUCUUUACCUUUCAUCUUUUUCUGUCUCUCUGUCUGUGCCCCGCUAGGUCCUUACCCUCUGGCAGUAGCACCCCCUGGUGGUUGGAGGGGGAUGGAGCGCAGCGGUGGGGAGAGCCCCCGCAUGCAGGACAGUCCUGAGCGGGAGCAGUGGGGGGGCAGCCCGGACCUCAGCGGACCCCCGCCAGGGAAAAUGGGGCGUCUGGAGCUCAAUGGGAGCCCCACUGGGCCACGCCUCCUACGUCACAAUGGCAACCCACACGGACCCCUGGGAGGUAUGGCACCCCGAAACACACCCACAGAUAGAUACUACCUUCCAUCCAAUGCUUACACCAAUCCAAUGCCUUUAAAUCCAUAAUGGGGUGGGUGCAAGUGUGGAGAAUCAGGAUGUAGCCACACUCACAGUAGAGGCCUUCACAGGUCCAAAAAGUUGGACCCAUUCUGAAAUGGACCUGGGGAUUUUCCAUCCAAACCCGAUAUGCAUAAAUUAAUUUGUGCAAUAUACAGAACCGUUCUGAACUGACCCGAGUACAACUAGACCCGUUCCGUAUAGACCUGGUUGGAUCCAGACCCAAUCCAAUCUGAGUUAAGGAAGCAGCAGAAAAGUUAAUUGUUUAAGAUAAUUUAUUAACCGGAGCUGAUAAAUCGCAAGGGAGAGGAGGUAGAGAGAGGUGACGCUGUAUGUAGGCUACUGUGAGUGUGAGCGAGUAACACGGGAACAGGGACGAUGGAGAGAGAGACGAGAGACCGCAACCAACCAAGCCAACUCGCGCUAUAGUAGAUUAAUAACUGCCAUACCUAGGUUAUUUAUCAUCCAAUAUGAUUACGUAGUAACUGUAUUGACUGCAUCAAACCGGGAGAAGCUAGUUAAGCUAGCUAGCUAGCUAGGCUAAUUGAGGCUGCAUGCGCUAACACAGUUACAAACAACAACAACUCAGAAUAUUAAGUAGCAACCUAACUGUUGGCUCUUGGACAUUGUAGCAUAUCCUUCUCCUUUAACCUCUACGGGAUCAAUGUCCCGUAUACGGGAUGGUUGAGCAAACGUGCGCUAAUGUGAUUAGCAUGACUGUUGUAAGUAACAGCAAACUUUCCAGGACAUAGGCAUGUCUUAUAUGGGCAGAAAGCUUAAAUUAUUGUUAAUCGAACUGCACUGUCCAAUUUACAGUAGUUAUUACAGUGAAAAAAUACCAUGCUAUUGUUUGAGGAGAGUGCAUAACAACAACAACAAUUAUCACGGCAACUGGUUUGAUACAUUCACCUCUGAAGGUAAAUAAUGUACUUACAUUCAGUAAUCUUGUUCUGAUUUGUCAUCCUGAGGGUCCCAGAGAUAAAAUGUAGCAUAGUUUUGUUUGAUAAAAUCCAUUUUUAAAUUCUAAUGUAGGAACUGGAUUUUACAGUUUGAACCCUUGCUGUCUCUGGCUCCACACCCACCCCACCCGGCCAUCUAUGUCACGAUCGUUGAGAGACGGGUCAGACCAAGGUGUAGCCUGGUAUGCGAACAUGUUUAUUAAACUGGAUAAACUCUGACAAAACAACAAAAGGCAACGAAAUGUGACGUCGGAAGGCUAUACACAAAAUAAGCCAAACACACCGAAACACAAACAAGAUCCCACAACCCAGGCAGGAAAACUGGCUGCCUAAGUAUGAUCCCCAAUCAGAGACAACGAGCGAAAGCUGCCUCUGAUUGGGAAUCAUACCCGGCCAAACAUAGAAGUAUAACCCCUAGACUCUAACCAUAGAUAUACAACAUAGAACUAAACAUGCACACCCUGACCAAACUAACUAGAGUUCUAGAGGUCAGGGCGUGACAAUCUAGAUGUGUGAAAGUUAAUGUACAGUGGGGGGAACAAGUAUUUGAUACACUGCCGAUUUUGCAGAUUUUCCUACUUACAAAGCAUGUAGAGGUCUGUAAUUUUUUUCAUAGGUACACUUCAACUGUGAGAGACGGAAUCUAAAACAAAAAUCCAGAAAAUCACAUUGUAUGAUUUUUAAGUAAUUCAUUUGCAUUUUAUUGCAUGACAUAAGUAUUUGAUCACCUACCAACCAGUCAGAAUUCCGGCUCUCACAGACCUGUUAGUUUUUCUUUAAGAAGCCCUCCUGUUCUCCACUCAUUACCUGUAUUAACUGCACCUGUUUGAACUCGUUACCUGUAUAAAAGACACCUGUCCACACACUCAAUCAAACAGACUCCAACCUCUCCACAAUGGCCAAGACCAGAGAGCUGUGUAAGGUCAUCAGGGAUAAAAUUGAAGACCUGCACAAGGCUGGGAUGGGCUACAGGACAAUAGGCAAGCAGCUUGGUGAGAAGGCAACAACUGUUGGCGCAAUUAUUAGAAAAUGGAAGAAGUUCAAGAUGACGGUCAAUCACCCUCGGUCUGGGGCUCCAUGCAAGAUCUCACCUCGUGGGGCAACAAUGAUCAUGAGGAAGGUGAGGGAUCAGCCCAGAACUACACGGCAGGACCUGGUCAAUGACCUGAAGAGAGCUGGGACCACAGUCUCAAAGAAAACCAUUAGUAACACACUACGCCGUCAUGGAUUAAAAUCCUGCAGCGCACGCAAGGUCCCCCUGCUCAAGCCAGCGCAUGGUCAUGUAUCGCGAGAUCUUGGCCAACAACCUCCUUCCCUCAGUAAGAGCAUUGAAGAUGGGUCAUGGCUGGGUCUUCCAGCAUGACAACGACCUGAAACAGACAGCCAGGGCAACUAAGGAGUGGCUCCAUAAGAAGCAUCUCAAGAUCCUGGAGUGGCCUAGCCAGUCUCCAGACCUGAACCCAAUAGAACAUCUUUGGAGGGAGCUGAAAGUCUGUAUUGCCCAGCGACAGCCCCAAAACCUGAAGGAUCUGGAGAAGGUCUGUAUGGAGGAGUGGGACAAAAUCCCUGCUGCAGUGUGUGCAAACCUGGUCAAGACCUACAGGAAACGUAUAAUAAUAAUAAUAAUAUGCCAUUUAGCAGACGCUUUUAUCCAAAGCGACUUACAGUCAUGCGUGCAUACAUUUUUGUGUAUGGGUGGUCCCGGGGAUCGAACCCACUACCUUGGCGUUACAAGCGCCGUGCUCUACCAGCUGAGCUACAGAGGACCACGUAUGAUCUCUGUAAUUGCAAACAAAGGUUUCUGUACCAAAUAUUAAGUUCUGCUUUUCUGAUAUAUCAAAUACUUAUGUCAUGCAAUAAAAUGCAAAUGAAUUACUUAAAAAUCAUACAAUGUGUUUUUCUGGAUUUUUGUUUUAGAUUCCAUCUCUCACAGUUGAAGUGUACCUAUGAUAAAAAUUACAGACCUCUACAUGCUUUGUAAGUAGGAAACACUGCCGAUUUUGCAGGUUAUCAAAUACUUGUUCUCCCCACUGUAUAAGCUAAUGAUCCAUCAUGUAUGUGUGUGUAAACUUACAUUUUGUAUUACCAUAUCAUUUUUGUAUGUUCUCUAUAGUUAUGUACUUGAAAAUGUAUCAAUUGACCAAUUUGGCACAUUUGGGCAGACUUGAUACAAAAUAGUCCAGUAUUGCAAUGCUUCACUGGAUCAAUCUGAAACUUUGCACACACAGUGCUGCCAUCUAGUGGCCAAAAUCUAAAUUGUGCCUAAACUGCAAUAUUAUAUUGUGGCCUUUCUCUUGCAUUUCAAAGAUGAUAAAAAAACAAAACAUCUUUUUUUGUUUGUAUUAUCUUUUACCAGAUCUAAUGUGUUAUAUUCUCCUACAUUAAUUUCACAUUUCCACAAACUUCAAAGUGUUUCCUUUAAAAAUGGUAUCAGGAAUCUGCAUAUCCUUGCUUCAGGUCCUGAGCUACAGGCAGUUAGAUUUGGGUAUGUAAUUUUAGGUGAAAAAUGAAAAAAAGAUCCUUAAGAGGUUAACUUUUAAUUCUAUCAUUUUAAUUCCAUCCUCCAUUGAUUAGAUAUCUCCUAACUUUUGCCACACAAGGAGCGAGGCUCUAUGACUGUAGCCUAUUGAUGCUUUGAUGACCUAUGAUUGGCCAACAACAAGCUACACGCGCCACUCUCAUGAAAAGCAAAGAGCAACAGCAUAAAUUAUACAAUUUCUCUCUCUCUACUGCAGCAGUCACGUUCGGAUCUAUAUGGGUCCUUCCGGACAAGUCAGUUCAAAUUACACACACCCGAGACCCGUGAUAAUCAUAUCAGAUCCGACCCAGAACCGUGACAUUAUUUAGAAUUCUGGAUUCGGACCGGGUCUCAGGUCCCGGACCUGGUCUCGGGUAUUCUCUAACUCACAGCCCUGACAGUUAUAAUGUCUCUUUCUUUGUCUUAGCCUUAUUCUCUCUCUCUCUGGCCCUGACCAUCUGGUAACUAGGGCCGGGACUGGAGUUCUGGCCCUAAUCGUACUGCACAUUGCCAUGCACUCUAGAGUUCAUGAAGCCCAUUGUAGUAUUUUAUAGGACUGUGUAAUAGGAUCAAUUCAGUCCUAUACUGGGCCAUGCUGUGUAGAUCUAGGCCACUCCGUAGGAGUGGGAAACUAUAUAAUACUGAGGUUACUGAAUAAAGUAGCGCUAUAUAAAGCUGAUUUACAGUGAGGGAAAAAAGUAUUUGAUCUCCUGCUGAUUUUGUACGUUUGCCCACUGACAAAGAAAUGAUCAGUCUAUAAUUUUAAUGGUAGGUUUAUUUGAACAGUGAGUGACAGAAUAACAACAACAAAAUCCAGAAAAAUGCAUGUCAAAAAGGUUAUAAAUUGAUUUGCAUUUUAAUGAGGGAAAUAAGUAUUUGACCCCUCUGCAAAACAUGACUUAGUACUUGGUGGCAAAACCCUUGUUGGCAAUCACAGAGGUCAGACGUUUCUUGUAGUUGGCCACCAGGUUUGCACACAUCUCAGGAGGGAUUUUGUCCCACUCCUCUUUGCAGAUCUUCUCAAAGUCAUUAAGGUUUCGAGGCUGACGUUUGGCAACUCGAACCUUCAGCUCCCUCCACAGAUUUUCUAUGGGAUUAAGGUCUGGAGACUGGCUAGGCCACUCCAGGACCUUAAUGUGCUUCUUCUUGAGCCACUCCUUUGUUGCCUUGGCCGUGUGUUUUGGGUCAUUGUCAUGCUGGAAUACCCAUCCACGACCCAUUUUCAAUGCCCUGGCUGAGGGAAGGAGGUUCUCACCCAAGAUUUGACGGUACAUGGCCCCGUCCAUCGUCCCUUUGAUGCGGUGAAGUUGUCCUGUCCCCUUAGCAGAAAAACACCCCAAAGCAUAAUGUUUCCACCUCCAUGUUUGACGGUGGGGAUGGUGUUCUUGGGGUCAUAGGCAGCAUUCCUCCUCCUCCAAACACGGCGAGUUGAGAUGAUGCCAAAGAGCUCGAUUUUGGUCUCAUCUGACCACUUUCACCCAGUUCUCCUCUGAAUCAUUCAGAUGUUCAUUGGCAAACUUCAGAUGGGCAUGUAUAUGUGCUUUCUUGAGCAGGGGGACCUUGCUGGCGCUGCAGGAUUUCAGUCCUUCACGGCGUAGUGUGUUACCAAUUGUUUUCUUGGUGACUAUGGUCCCAGCUGCCUUGAGAUGGUUGACAAGAUCCUCCCGUGUAGUUCUGGGCUGAUUCCUCACCGUUCUCAUGAUCAUUGCAACUCCACGAGGUGAGAUCUUGCAUGGAGCCCCAGGCCGAGGGAGAUUGACAGUUAUUUUGUGUUUCUUCCAUUUGCGAAUAAUCGCACCAACUGUUGUCACCUUCUCACCAAGCUGCUUGGCGAUGGUCUUGUAGCCCAUUCCAGCCUUGUGUAGGUCUACAAUCUUGUCCCUGACAUCCUUGGAGAGCUCUUUGGUCGUGGCCAUGGUGGAGAGUUUGGAAUCUGAUUGAUUGAUUGCUUCUGUGGACAGGUAUCUUUUAUACAGGUAACAAGCUGAGAUUAGGAGCACUCCCUUUAAGAGUGUGCUCCUAAUCUCAGCUCGUUACCUGUAUAAAAGACACCUGGGAGCCAGAAAUCUUUCUGAUUGAGAGGGGGUCAAAUACUUAUUUCCCUCAUUAAAAUGCAAAUCAAUUUAUAACAUUUUUGACAUGCGUUUUUCUGGAUUGUUUUGUUGUUAUUCUGUCUCUCACUGUUCAAAUAAACCUACCAUUAAAAUUAUAGACUGAUCAUGUCUUUGUCAGUGGUCAAACGUACAAAAUCAGCAGGGGAUCAAAUACUUUUUUCCCUCACUGUAGGUGGAGAGGUUAGAAGGGAUAGUGGGAGAGGGAAGAGGGGGAGAGGGGAUAGGUACUUCUCUUCUCUUCCUGUGCCCUGGCAGCAGCUGGAGUGGAUGGUUAGUCUUCAUGAGGGGUUGUCUUUGAAGAGAGGAAACUCAAUGUGUCUCCUCCAAACCACAACCCAGCCAUGAGGACUGGGCCACACACACACACACACACACACACACACACACACACACACACACACACACACACACACACACACACACACACACACACACACACACACACACACACACACACACACACACGCGCGCACACACACCAGCCAUAUACACAUUACAUUCUAUGGAACACACUCACAUUCAGAUACAUACUAUUAAACAUAAUCAUACAAACACACUGUAGGCCUAUAUAUGAAUGCUCACAUAUACAGUAUACUCACAUUCAGAUAUAUUUAGGACAUUCAUAGCUCUUUACAUUCAUAUAUCACACACACACACAUGCAUAUAUUUAACACAUAUAUUACACAUGUCCAUUCCCACACAUUCCCACUACUAACAAGAUCUGGAGGAAAAGGAGGAGAGGGUGAUAGAUACUGAGAGUAACUGAGUUACAGCAAGAGGGAACUACAAGAGAGUAACUGAGUUACAGCAAGAGGGAACUACGAGAGAGUAACUGAAUUACAGCAAGAGGGAACUACGAGAGAGUGGGGGAAAGAGAAAGGUGUUGGCAAGGGAAAAGUGACGAAGUAGGGGAUGGGAAGAGAGAGAGCGAGAGACAGAGAGACCCCAGAGAAAGAGAGGGAGGGAGGGAGGGGGAGGAGAGAGAGAGAGAGGCAGGGGAGAGGGAGAGAGGAGAGAGAGAGAGGAGACCAGGAGAGAGAAGACGGAGAGAGAGAGAGGAAGAAGAGAGAGAGAGAGAGGAGAGAGGGAGAGGGAGGGGAGAGAGGGGAGAGAGGGAAAGAGAGGGGAGAGAGGGAGAGAGAGAGAGGGAGAGAGGGAGGGGGGGAGGGAGGGAGGGGGGGGAGGGAGGAGGGAGGGAGGGAGAGAGAGACGAGAGAGAGAGGGGGGGAGAGAGAGAGAGAGCUGGUUGGAGCUGCUCUGUGUUGACAGUUAUAUUGGCCUGUUGGGGGAAAUUCACUUACUUGAAUUGGCUCACAGAGCUCCAGUGUGUAAUUCACUCCAUAAGAGCCCAACGAACUGGGAGCCGGUAUGAUUAAUGGAGAGGAAAUAGAAAUAUAGCAAUUGACUGAUUAAAACAAGAGAGAGGGAGAGAGCUCUAAUGGUGCUGCUGUGUGUGUGUGUGUGUGUGUGUGUGUGUGUAUGUAUUUAGUAUAUGUGUGUGGGGAGGGGGGGGGGGGGGCAUAUGGCUGUGUGUGUGUGUGAGUGUGUGUGUGUGUGUGUUUGUGUGUGGUAUAGCUCUGGUCUUAUUGUUAGUGCAGGGAGUUUGCCUGAUGCCCAGACCCUCAUUUCUUGUGAGAGCCUUAAUUAAUUAGUCGACAGGUGGCCUACAACCAAAAGCCUUUUAGUAAAAAGAGGAAUAUUGGUGAAGGAGGAAUUAUGUUGUUGCUGUGAGCCAAAAGGAUAGUGGAGCCAUAGAGAAGAAACACAAAUUCCCAUAUUAAAAUAUUGAGUUUAAAUGUUGACUAUUGUGUUAACCAGCUACUAAUACUAGUGUUUACAAGUUAUCAUUCUAUAGUGCAUAGCGACAAAACUGUCCAUAGAAAACCACAGCAGUUGGAACAAUAUUGAAUAUGGGGAGUGAAAGAACCCUAGUUGUCAUGUGAUGUAGUUAAGAAAAACCCUGGGCCCCUACUCACGCCACAGUUUGUGUGACUCUCCAACGUUGGUGACCUGUGGCCAGGUAACUGUGCCAGGUCUGAUUCGACAGAGUGCCCUGGGCAGUUAAGGAAAGUGUGUGGGCAUCGUUUAGGCCGUUGUGACUUUGGGAACGGUUACCAUGACUCCAGCUUUAUCUAUGAAAUGAACGGUUAAGUUAUAAAGAAUCUACAUGUACAGUCAAAUGAAGAGAUGGAGACAUGUACAGUCAAAUGAAGAGAUGGAGACAUGUACAGUCAAAUGAAGAGAUGGAGACAUGUACAGUCAAAUGAAGAGAUGGAGACAUGUACAGUCAAAUGAAGAGAUGGAGACAUGUACAGUCAAAUGAAGAGAUGGAGACAUGUACAGUCAAAUGAAGAGAUGGAGACAUGUACAGUCAAAUGAAGAGAUGGAGACAUGUACAGUCAAAUGAAGAGAUGGAGACAUGUACAGUCAAAUGAAGAGAUGGACACAUGUACAGUCAAAUGAAGAGAUGGAGACGUGUACAGUCAAAUGAAGAGAUGGAGAUGCUAAAUUGCGAUUAAUCAGCACCAGCCAGGCCGUUUGAAUUUACAUAUCAUGUCUACUGAAAUCUGUGUAAUAAUAAAAUACAGAAGAACUGAUAAUGAACACAAUAGCUUCUAUUACUGUUGGGUCCUAAAUGCACCAACUGUACUUGUAUGACGUUAAAUGAAUGUAAAUAACUUAGAUAGUUAUGGAAUAGAUAGAUAUGGAAUAGAUAGUUAACCUUUUCUGUUAUUUGGAAUCCUAUCAGUAUACACAACAGGUGAAUAAACAGCCAUCCAAAUCAGCAGCAUUCUAUGUAAUUAGACCUAAUAUUGUACUCGCUUGGCCUAAGUAGUCUUUUUGCCUUACGUUCCUCUCUCUCUCUCUCUCUCUCUCUCUCUCUCUCUCUCUCUCUCUCUCUCUCUCGCUCUCUCGCUCUCUCUCUCUCUCUACCUCUCUCUCUCUACCUCAGGUCUGAUGAUCCCAGUAUUCUGUGUGGUGGAGCAGGCAGGGCUGGAGGGGGGGAUGCAGCGUGAGGAGGUGGAGAGGAGCAAGGGACACAGAGAGGAGCAUGCUGAGUUUGUCCUGGUCAGGAAAGACAUCCUCUUCAACCAGCUGGUGGAGACGGCCCUGGUGGCCCUGGGGUACUCCCACAGCUCUGCUGCUCAGGCCCAGGGUGAGUACUGUAGCCUUCACAAAACAUCAGCCAUAACACCAACCGCUUGACCUGAGCACUUAUCAACAAAGCACCAGCCAAAAUAAUAUAUGACAUUUAGCAGACAUACAGUAAUACGCAUAGGCAUUUUAUGUAUGGUUGGUCCCGGGAAUUGAACCCAUUAUCCUGGCAUUGCAAGCACCAUGCUCUACCAACUGAGCUACAGAGGACACAACAAAGCCUUUACCUGGUACUGAGUUGGAGAUUGUGCUAAAACACUGUACAAAGUGUUAGAAAGGAGUCAGAGGACAGCAAAGCACUAA